AUGCUAGGGAAACUUGGUAUUACGGUGUUUGCGCUUCUGGCAUCGCCAAUCGACGCGUUCAUCAAGCUUCCUCUCGGUGCCAGACAGCUACCCGCAAAUGCGACUGGCGUGAAGACUAUUACUACCCCCACUGGUGUGCAAAUACGAUACAAACAUCCAGGAGAAGCUGGUGUUUGCGAGACUACUGAAGGAGUGAAUUCAUAUGCUGGUUACAUCGACAUUGCGCCUAAUGCCCACACCUUCUUUUGGUUCUUCGAGAGCAGAAAUGAUCCCGCAAACGAUCCAAUUACUCUUUGGCUCAACGGAGGACCGGGAAGCGAUUCUUUGAUCGGGCUCUUUCAAGAACUUGGCCCUUGCAAUGUAACAGAAGAUCUCGAAACAGCUUUGAAUCCUUACUCGUGGAAUGCAUUUUCGAACUUACUCUUCCUUUCGCAGCCCCUGGGUGUAGGAUACUCGUACUCGGAAGCAGAAGCAGGCUCGUAUGAUGAAUUCACUGGAGCUUUUGUCAAUUCUACCGUGCAGGAUGUCACCGGAAGGUAUCCUGUCAUUGACGCACAACUGCUCGACACCACAGAUCUCUCUGCCGUGGCUGCCUAUCAUGUUCUCCAGGGUUUUUAUAGCGGACUGCCUCAACUUGCCUCGACAAUCACAUCGAAAGUGUUCAAUCUCUGGACAGAGUCUUAUGGUGGCCACUAUGGACCUGCUUUCUACAACUACUUCUACGAGCAGAACCAGCUGAUCUCCGACGGUACCGUAGAAGGCGUCGAGCUGAACCUGAACAGUCUUGGGAUCGGUAACGGUAUAAUUGACGAGCUAAUUCAAGCACCCUACUAUCCAGAGUUCGCCACGAACAAUACAUACGGAAUCAAAGCCAUCAACGACACUGUGUAUAAUUACAUGAAGUUUGCUCUGAAUAUGCCUGGAAUGGGAUGUCUGGACCAAGUCAAGGCUUGUAGAACUACCAACCGCACCACGCUAUCAGAUCAGGCUAUCUGCAGUGAGGCGCAAUCAAUGUGCCGUGAUAAUGUCGAGGGACCGUACUAUGCUGUCGGAAACCGGGGUGUCUACGACAUUCGUCAUCCACUUGACGAUCCUGAACCCGCAGGCUACUUCCCCGAGUAUUUGAACCAGCCGGAAGUCCAAGAUGCACUCGGAGUCAAUCUGAACUACACAUCUAGCAAUAGCGAGGUGUACUGGGCCUUCCAGCAGACUGGAGAUUUUGUUUAUCCAAACUUCAUUGAAGACCUUGAGAUGCUUCUCGAUGCUGGUGUGCGCGUAGCAUUGUACUACGGUGACGCUGAUUACAUCUGUAACUGGUUUGGUGGAGAAGCAAUAUCCUUGGCCGUGAACUACACGCACAGUAAACAAUUCACCGCGGCUGGAUACGAGCCUUUUACUGUCAAUGGCGUCGAAUAUGGUGCAGUCAGACAGUACGGUAACUUCUCAUUCCUGAGAAUAUACGAAGCUGGUCAUCUUGUACCGUACUACCAGCCUGAAGCCAGUCUGGCCAUGUUCAACAGAACGAUUAAUCAUUUCUCAAUUGCAGACGGCAACGAGAUGGUGACGGCCGACCUGAGCUCGGAGGGCAGUGCAAACUCAACUCAUACUGAGCCAUAUGUCCCGUUGCCAGAAGAGACUGGUAUGCCAGGAAUGUUUGCAAAGGGAGGCCCAGUGCAACGGGUACAGAAGGUCAGACCUGGGUUCUGA